AUGGCACCCAGCAAUAUCCUCAGAAGCAGCUUGCUUCUCUCCUCGACAGCAGCAAGAUCCUCAACAAGACUUGCGAGCACAUUUCCCCUACAGACCCGAUAUGCUGCCGCCAUCAACGCUUCGCAGCCAAGACGAUCAAUCUGGACCUUUUUAUCGGGCGACAAACCCCAGGAGCAAGCCGCGAAGAAAGAUGAAAACGCCGAGAACCAGCUUGAGGAGCAAGCAGCAACACCGUUAGAAGCACAACAAGAACAACAACUGGACGCACAAAACCUGGCAUCAGCAUCCAGCACAGCAGAACCCCAAACCAUCAAACCAAUUCCCAUAAUCGAACAAGUUAAGGAAGUCGAAGAAGAGCUUCUCCCUUCAGACCAAACAGCAUGGCCUUCGAAUAUACCUCCCCCUUCCAUCAGGCAAUACCCUUACACCCUCAAACGCGGCACCGUCACCAGCGUCGGCCUUAUGUCCAAAACCGUGCGCGUAGCCUACCAACACCGCGAAUGGGACCGGAAGAUUCGGAAAUACUACCCCAAGACAACGACCUAUCUCGUGCAUGACCCGCGCAAUUCGUUGCGGGAGGGGGAUGUCAUUGAAUUCUCGUCGGGGGCUCCCCGGGCACCGAAUGUGAGACAUGUUGUUGAGCGGAUUAUUGCGCCUUUUGGCGUUGGAGUGGAGGAUCGGCCCGCUGUGCCUACAAGACAGGAAAGGGAGGAGGAGAUGGUGCAGAAGAGGAUGGUCAAGCUGCUGAGGAAAGCUGCUAAGGUCGCUGAACAGGAAGGAAAGGAGGGAGAUAUUGAGCAGGUGACGAGACGGGUUGUAGAGAGCAAGGAGCAUGUUGGACGGAUUAGGGGGCUGGUUAUUGAACGGGCUACUGCUUCUGCUGCUGCUGCUGCUGCUGCUCAGAGUCAGGCUAGUGCUUAA